AUGCCUUUCACCGCCAGCGACAUCUGCAAGAUCAUCCUUGCCGUCAUCCUCCCGCCCGUCGGUGUCUUCCUGGAGCGCGGCUGCAACGCCGACUUCUGCAUCAACAUCCUGCUCACCAUCCUGGGUUACAUCCCGGGUAUCAUCCACGCGCUGUACAUUAUUCUCAAGUAUUAG